CUCCUGCCAAUACUGACCUCUUUUUCUCUGUUUCCUCCCCAGGUUUUUUUUUUUCCUUUUUUUUUUCUUCUUCUUUUUUUCUUCUAGUAGUUCUGGUAGCCUUUCGACUGUUCUUUUCGCGCAAUACGGACGACUGGUUCAUUUUAAUUAUAUCGACUCAUUUCUGAAUCUUCACCUCGAAAGCCCUUCGCUUCUUUUGUGUCAGCUGGACUGAGUUCAAUAUUCGAAUCUUCGUCCGUCUCGCCCUAUAUAUUUACGCACAUCAGCCGAUAACUGUCUGUUCCGGGUCGAUAUUGCGUCUGCUCAUCGUCGCGAACCAAGGCACAGAGACCUACUGCCCUCUCACCAUCCAUCCAUCCAUCCAUCCAUCCACCAUCUCCAGCAUCGAUCGUACAACUCCAGGAGUUAAUCCGGAGAGAAACCUAGUCCCAACAGCCAACUGGCAACACCAAGACACCAACCGAUUCACCUGCCUCGGAAACCGAAAGAAUGCGCGUCUCUAUCACGUCCGUCUUCGCCACCCUCACUCUCACCCUCGGCAUGGCCCCGUUGGUGUCCGCAGGGGUGGUCAUCACUCCCGUCACCCAGGAUCAGGUCGUUGAAAAGACGGGUGGAGAUUGUUUCUUCGGUGUUGUUACUCCUCGAGGCUGCGCCCCUCUGCGAAGCUCGUAAAUUACGAUGAGGGACGGACGAUUAUGGCUCCCAGGGGACAAAAUAGCGAAGUGGCUGCGAUAACGAUGGCCGACUCGACUUCGUAGACUUUACGAUGGGGUGGGCGUCGUUUGGGCAGCAUAUACAUAUAUAUUUCAUUCGCACAUACAGACUUCAUAGUACAUUCCAGGGGAAUGGCUCGACCGUCUGACAGACAUCUGAAGGACUGUUGGAUCAAGUCGGAUCGAGGCCUACUGUUUGUGUCAUUCAGGAAUCAAGUGAGCCGUGACCUACUCAAAUUCAAUUAAUAUAAACCAGC